UGAAACAAAAUGCCAACGUAGAGCUGUGUUUGGCCUUCGUUUGUAGGGAAUUGGAGUAUUAUAGUUGAGAUGAUAACGAUGAUGUUUUAUUUUGGCAGUCGUGGAAUCAUUGCGAGGGUUUUUGGCUCGGAGACCGGGUUUUCCCUUGCAACGCCUUUUUUUCUGUUUGGUUUUUCGGUGGUGUCCGAGUACGUUGAGCAACACACGGUAAUGGCUAAUUACUAGCGUAAGGAACCAGGGAGGGUGUUCGUGUGUGUGCGUAUGUAGGAAGGAUCUGAGGAACGGUUCUGUGUUCCAUACAUGAAGGGGCCCGCUGUGGUACCUGUUGUAGUAGACUUGGAUGAGUCUGCGGUGCUCCCAUGCUGCGUCAGCCUGUGUGGGGCACUCUCUUUCUCCUCUGUCUGUCGUGCGUUUGUCCUGCGGAUCUAAUACAAGCAAUCAACGAGACUUUCUAGUCACCGGACACAAAUACGGGCAUACCCGGCAAUCACUCCGGCUCUAGGAGUGGUCAA